AUGCCGUUGGCAUGGAAACAGCUGAUUCUGCUGUCAUUCAUCAGCUGCCUCAGAGGUGAGCGGCUCCUGCGAGGCCCCGUGUUCGUCCGAGAGCCCAGCAGCAGCAUCAUGGUCCCGGUCGGCUCGGAGGACAGGAGGGUCACUCUGAAUUGCGAAGCAAAAGGCAACCCUUCACCUCACUACAGAUGGCAGCUGAACGGGAGCGACCUGGACCCCAGCGCGGAGCCCCGGUACCGGCUGAGCCGGGGGAGCCUGGUGCUCCUGAGCCCCCGCCGGGAGCGGGACGCGGGCGCCUACCAGUGCUUCGCGACCAACGCGCUCGGGACCAUCGUCAGCGGAGAAGCCCGGCUCCAGUUUGCCUAUCUGGAAAACUUCAAAACCAAGACGAGGAGCACGGUGUCCGUGCGCGAAGGCCAGGGAGUCGUCCUGCUCUGCGGCCCCCCGCCCCACGCCGGAGAACUGUCUUAUGCGUGGAUCUUCAAUGAAUAUCCCUCCUUUGUGGAAGAAGACAGCCGGAGGUUUAUCUCUCAGGAGACAGGCCACCUGUACAUAGCCAAGGUGGAGCCGUCCGACGUGGGGAACUACACGUGCGUGGUGACCAGCCCGGUGACGGCCAGCAGGGUGCUGGGCUCCCCGACACCCCUGGUGCUGCGGGCCGACGGUGUGAUGGGGGAAUAUGAACCGAAGAUAGAAGUUCAGUUUCCAGAGACUCUCCCGGCCGCCAAAGGCUCCACCGUGAACCUGGAAUGCUUUGCCCUCGGAAACCCCGUCCCCCAGAUCACGUGGAGGAGAGGUGAUGGGCUGCCGUUCUCCAGCAAAAUUAGGUCGCGGAAGUUCGGCGGGGUGCUCCAGAUCCCCAACUUCCAGCAGGAGGAUUCGGGCUCCUAUGAGUGCGUCGCGGAGAACUCCCGGGGCAGGAACGUGGCCAGAGGGCGCCUCACGUACUACGCGAAACCCCACUGGGUCCAGCUCAUCAGAGACGUGGAGACGGCCGUGGGGACCAGCCUUCGCUGGGAGUGCAGGGCGAGCGGGAAGCCCAAGCCCUCCUACCGCUGGCUGAAGAACGGGGAGGCCCUGGAGCUGCAGGAGCGGAUCCAGCUGGAAGACGGGGCACUGACCAUGUGGAACCUGAGCGUGGCGGACUCGGGCAUGUUCCAGUGCAUCGCGGAGAACAAGCACGGGCUGGCCCACUGCAGCGCCGAGCUCAGGGUCGUGGCUUCCGCCCCAGAUUUCUCCAGGACCCCGAUGAAGAAGCUGGUCCGGGCGCAGGUGGGCAGUGAGGUCGGCCUGGACUGCCGGCCCCAAGCCUCGCCCAGGGCCGCGUCCUCCUGGAAGCGAGGUGCCCAGACCGUGCGGGGCGACAGCAGAAUUUCCUUUCGGAAGGACGGGGGGCUCAGCAUAGCCAACGUGACGAAAGCAGACGCCGGCGUGUACACCUGCCUCGCGGAAAACCAGUUCGGGAGUGCCAGCGACUCCACACACCUGGUCGUCACAGAGCCCACGAGGAUGACGGUGGCGCCGUCCAACAUGGACGUGUCGGUGGGCGAGAGCGUCCUCCUGCCCUGCCAGGUGCGGCACGACCCCCUGCUGGACAUGGCGUUCACCUGGUACUUCAACGGGGCGCCCGCGGACUUCAGGAGGGACGGGUCUGGCCUGGAGAAGGUCGGCGGGAGCUCGUCGGGCGACCUGAUGAUCAGAAACAUCCAGCUGAAGCACAGCGGGAGGUACGUGUGUGUGGUGCAGAGCGGGGUGGACAGCGUCUCCUCGGCCGCCGACCUCGUGGUGAGAGGCUCCCCUGGACCCCCCACGCACGUGCAGGUGGAUGAAAUCACAGACACAACGGCCCAGCUGUCCUGGAAGGAAGGUGCAGACAACCACAGCCCGGUCACAUCCUACUCCGUCCAGGCCCGGACACCCUUCUCCGUGGGCUGGCAGACGGCCACCACAGUGCCUGAGGUCAUUGACGGGAAAACACACACAGCCACUGUAGUCGAGUUAAACCCAUGGGUGGAUUACGAAUUUCGGGUUGUAGCCAGCAACAGAAUCGGAGGUGGAGAACCCAGUUUGCCCUCAGAAAAAGUAAGGACUGGAGAGGCAGCUCCAGAGGUGCCUCCAUCCGAGGUCAGCGGAGGGGGCGGAAGCCACUCCGAACUGGUGAUAACCUGGGACCCGGUGCCCGAGGAGCUGCAGAACGGGGAAGGGUUCGGGUACGUCGUCGCCUUCCGCCCCCUGGGAGUCACCAACUGGAUCCAGACGGUGGUCACGUCCCCCGACGCCCCGAGAUACGUGUUCAGGAGCGAGAGCAUCCUGCCGUUUUCGCCCUACGAAGUCAAAGUGGGCGUUUACAAUAACCAGGGCGAGGGGCCCUUCAGCCCGGUGACGACCGUGUUCUCCGCGGAAGAAGAGCCUGCGGGAGCCCCGGCUCACGUCUCUGCCGAAAGCCUGUCGUCCUCGGAAAUCGAAGUCUCCUGGGGCGCUGUCCCCUGGAGGCUGAGUGACGGACAUCUGCUGGGCUACGAGGUGCGGUUCUGGAGCAGUGGGGAGGAGAGCUCGCCACGCAGGGUGACGGUGGCGGCAGGAGAGACGUCGGUGCGGCUCCGUGGCCUGGGGAGCCAGCUGGUGUACCACGCGGCCGUGCGGGCCUACAACAGCGCAGGUGCAGGGCCCUUCAGUGCCACCGUGAAUGCCACCACCAAGAAGAUGCCCCCCAGGCAGCCACCGGGGAACGUGGUCUGGAACGCCACGGGCACGCGGGUGCUCCUGAGCUGGGAGCAGGUCCGAGCCCUGGAGAACGAGUCCGAGGUCACCGGGUACAAGGUCUUCUACAGGACGAGCGGCCGGGAUGACCUGCGGGUGCUGAGCACAAACCAGACGUCCGCCGAGCUGCCGCGGCCCCUGGGGGCGGGGUGCGUGGUCCACGUGAGAGCCACGACCGCCGGCGGGGACGGGGCCAGCAGCGAGCCCGUCCGGAUCCCCGGCGUCACCAACUCCAAUGCUCGCGGCUCCACCACCGCCGUCUCGAGCGGCCUCCCGACGUCACGCUGCCUCCCGACCCUCCUGCUGCUGCUGCACGCCCUGCGAGAAACGAAGGCCGUGCUGGGGCUCACGCCAGCAGGGUCCCUGCAGCGGUGUCGGAGGGGAUCCCGCUGCAGCACAGUGUUUGUCUCCAAAGCGCCACCACGGAAGGACGCGGUGGAGGACGGUCCCACGGACGACGUGACCUAA